AUGACGGGGGACGAUAACGAUGCAGAAAAGGAGCCAAAAAGGGAGCGAUGGCACCGCCAACGUGCAGAGGCGCGCAACGAGGCCAAGGUCAAAGAGCCAAAGUUUGGGUCACCAGCCGGCGAGACGGACCAGCCGCUGGUUUGCAAGGGCAGCGAGGGUGGAUAUAGGGGUUUAUAUGGCAUCAAAGAGGAAUAUGGUCAUGCACUCGGAGGUAAUGGAGGCGGGGGAUCGGGGACGAGACGGGGCGGGGGGAAAAAAUCAGAGAAAAAGAAUACAGACCUGGAGAAGAAACAGAGAAGAAAGAACAAGCUCUCAGAGCGUCAGAGAGGGCAGAAGAAGCGCGAUCUCGGGGCGUGGACGCUGGCGGCGGGGAGGGGGAUCGAGUAG